AGGCCGGCCUGGCACACACUCUAGAGUCUCUCGCCAUCGAGGUUUGUCGCUUUUCAGAGACUCGAUUUCAGGAGCCCAACACCGUGGUCAAGUUGUCGUCCCCGGCUACUCUUUAGACCACAUAUUACCUACGUCUGUCUAGUGACAUGGAGGCAGCAGCAGCCGGCUUAGCUGGUGUCGGUAUCGCAUUGAGUGACAAAGCGGAGGCUGCAUUACUCGACUGGUUUCCAAUCGACAACUGGCUGUGUGCGGUUCGGCUUCAAGACUCAUGUAGAAUCAACAGACAUCGCGAAGAGAGGCGCAAUUUGUUUGCCGUUUCUGCCUACGCUCCAACCAACUGCAGCUGUGCAUCGGUUAAAAAUGACUUUUAUCGUGGACUCCACAACCUUAUGAACAAGAUCGACAAGUCAGAAGUCAUUGUCCUUGUCGGAGAUCUCAAUGCAUGAGUAGGUCGCCUGCUUCCGCGCAAACGUCAUCUUAGUGGCAGUCACGCGCUUGAUGAGAGUCGUUCUGACAACGGUGAUAGACUUCUCAUGUUAUACGAAGACCAUCGUCUGUUUCUCUCAAGUACGAACUUCAGACAUACCAGAAGAGGUGCAGCCACCUGGCGUCUU